AUGUUCAACAACAACAACAACAAUAUCCAACAUCUGACCAUUGAUCACACGAAUGUCUCUCCCAUGGAGCUGGUGCCUGGAAUGAUUCCACCGUCUGUCCACACUCUCAGCCUUCGUGGUUCAAUUCAUGUGUAUGCAGGAAGCAUUCCGUCGUCAGUUACCAAGCUCUAUCUGCAAGGAAUCCUAUCGGCAAUGAUGGUGGGAACACCAAUCUUCUCAGCACAUUUACAACACCUCACGAUCCAAUCGGAUCGGCUUGACUUUGCGCAAGUACCAGACUCUGUCACAUACAUCAAUGCCGAUAUUGACGACGAAGCAGUGAUUGGCCAUCUUCCUCCAACAUUGAAGCAUCUUGAGAUAUGUUCCUGGGACGUUUCGUUUGAGCUUGCCGCGUUGCCCCAAUCAAUCACAUUCUUGGAGAUCAACAAUGGGUCGAGACAAUGGAAAGAAUCACAUAUCGAGUCGUUGGCGGUGCCCUCCCACCUGUGGCCAGCCAGGUUCGAUUCAUUCAGAGAAUUGCUCCCGUAUGGACAGCUCCACAACAUGCACUCGCUUGAUGGCACCAUCACAACAUUGGAUAUCACCUUGGAUCGUGAGAUUCCGAUUGAACACCUCCCGCCAAGCAUCACCAAGCUGACACUGCGACUGAACGAGGAACAUCCGCGACUCAACUUCCCCUUGCCCAAUCUUCGCACACUCAUAUUGGUAUGUGAGAUUGGCAGAGGCGGUCGACCAAUGCCCAACCUCGAGGACGUUGCGCUGGAGAACCUUUGGAAAUUGGACACCCAAUGCUACGUGUUUGACAAUCGUAUCAUUCCUCGACUCAACAGCACCUGCGAGCUUCACCUGACAAAUCUACACGGGAUUGAUGGGGGUGACUCUCCUGCACUUCUCCAAUUUGGCAAUAUCCACAUGAAGCAAUGGACUGAGUACACUCUGGAGAAUCCCGAACUGUAUCUGGUUCGUCGAUUCGACCAAGAUAGACUCCUCCUUUGCAUUAACGAUCUCAAUGGCGCCACGAUACUUCCGUAUCAAUGUCCAAAGUGCUCACAGCACGUCGAAGUCUCCUGCAUCUCAGAAUGGAGAUAUCACGAUGAAUCGUGUCCAUCACCAUGGAUUCGCUCCCUCCAACUUGUCGGUGUUUAUCAACUACUUCCUUCUCCAUCACCUGGCAUGUACCAUUGCGGCAGUCAACCGAACCUUUCCAUCCUACUAGUUGACAAGGCGAAGCCAAUGAAUAGACACUACGAUGGAGUGCUUUGUGAUGCCCCAAUAAUCAAUGGCCAGGUCCUCCAAGGUGUGUUCUUCUCAAUUUUCCAGCUACAGUUUGUUCUAUGUCAAAUCAACCUUUCCAAGCAACACCAAAGUGGAUGA